CUCAAGAUACUAAAAACAAUUCUUCUGAAAAAACAAAUAUGUCAGUGGAUCAACAACCACAAGAAAUUAAAAAUAAUUCUUCGAAGGUAACAAAUAACCAACGUUCAUCGACGAAGAAGAGAGGAGGAGCAAAUUCCUCGGAGAUAAAUAACACGAAGCAAAUGAAAUUGUGUCCAUCCUAUCACAACGAAUUCAGCUAUUGUUGCUCUUCAAGAAAACAAGAUUUAUUCAAGUCUUCUUCGAACACUCGACAAAUGGUGGAGAAAUGUUGCAGCCCUGUGAAAAUUCAAGAUUUAUUCAAGUGCAAUUGCAUCGUAGAUGAAUAUUUGACUAAAGAAAAAAUAGAGGAGUAUUGUUUGUCAGGCAUUGAAACGAUGAUGACCUCUACGCCUAAUAAAAGUAUUGACAGAGAGAAAAUGAUAAAGAAUAUAGAGGAUUUAAAUAAUUCCAAAAACGCGAAUUAUCAUUCAUGUUUGAACGAUUCUAUUGAUUUUAAUCGAAAUCAGAAGAUAGAUUUUACAGCGAAUAACGCAUUUCCUUUGAUAGAAAAGUUGUUGCAAAAUAAUCCUAAUAUGUUGAUGAAUAUUAAAAAUGAGGCUCAAAAGUUAGAAAAUGUUUACAUGUUAAACAAAUCAAUGCAGGAAGUUUUCUAUACAGCACAGAAUACCGUAUCAAAUAGCAUGCAAAAUUUAUCAGACAUUGUUAAAGAUUUAACUGUGACGAACAAUGUUGUAACAAAUAUUGAAAAUUUAAAAACAGUCGAACCUGAAGAAAAAAAGACAAAAUUAAAGACUGAAAAGGAAAUACUAAAAACUAUGGUUUCUUUAUCUGUUAUGGACAAUGAAAUGAAUGUAAAUUCUAUUCAGAAGAACAAUUUGAGCAAUAGCAAAUUGAAUGUUGUGAAAAAUACAUUAAGUAUAAACAUGCCUAAUAAAAUGAAUGUACCAGAAUAUUCAUUCGGAGAUGCGAAAAUUCAAAAGUUCUUCCAGGGUUCCAUGAAAGUUUUUGAUGGUUGUUAUGAAAAAGAUUUUGCCAAUAAUUCAGAAUUACAAUGUUUGCUUCAACAAUUAGAUAAGAAGUGGAGUAUGUAUCCUGAUCAAUCUGAUCAGGACGUAUUAAUAUCAUCAUUAAUACCUUUAAAUCAAAAAGAUCAUUCAAUACAAAUACAAGAUUCAAAAAUUGCUUCUGUUAGUAAUUUCGAUAGGAUAAAAAGAUACGAAUCAAGAACAAAAUCUUCCACAAGUGAACACCACGCAUCACAAAUUGUACAAGUGAACGAGCCAUUUUUUGACAAUAACUCGUAUGAUUCUCAGAAGUCCAGUUCCAUUAGUAUCAUGAAGGAUGUCUUCACGCAAACCGGCAAUAAGCCGGUAAAAAGCUCCUCCAACCUCAGCCUCACGAAUGGAAAAAAAUUACGCAAGAAAUUUUUCUUCUCACGCAAACGAAAAGAAUCAAGGAACAUUUCUAACAUUAGUAUGCACGACGACAGAAUCGAAUCGCGAAGUUCGAUAUACUUAAAGGAUCAUGUUAAAUCUCUUACACAUCAAAAAUCUAAUCUAAAUCAAAAGAAACAGUCCAGCUUGAUGAAGUGUCAAUCCGACGAGAACAUCUGCAUGUGCAAAAUGACAGACAGUAUGCAUUCGCUUUCAGAAUCAAAGAAAGAAGAAAUUAAAAAAUGCACCAAAUGUAAAGUGGAAACAUUUGGCACAAUUCCACUGUCACAGGUAGUUCGUCCAUCGAUGUUUGACGCGAUGAUCUAUCGUAAGAAGCCCCCUAUGUAUCCAAAGAAAACUAAAAACGAACUUUCCAUUCAAUCCAAUGCAUCUAACACAAAUUCGAAAAAAAUAUCACCGUUUAAAAAGCUUUUGGAAACGUCUAAGAAAUCAACGGAAAAACAAUCGUCUCAUACGAAAAAGUUCAACUGGAAGAAUAAAAUAGAAUCGUUGGUAGAUAGGGAGGCUCGAGAAAUGAGAGCUCUAAAAGCUUACAAUGAAGUCACUUUGGUUAAAUAUAAGAAAGAAUUGGAAGCUAAAAAGAAACUAUCCUCAGGAAAGUGCAUCAAUCCUGAUGCCAAUCCUGAAAGUUCCAAAGAUCGAUUUUCUUCUUCGAAGAAGAGUAACUUAUCUGAGCGUUCGAAGAAAAAUAUUCAUAAAAAUAUAGAAUCGUUUUAUGAACGUUUUCACGAUGAUUAUGUAGACAAAGAAAACUUUGUGGAUGCAACGACAGAAACAGAACCGUUAUUCAAUAUCCCUAUCCCUAUUAAAACGCCAAGUGUGAAAAUUCAUAACGUUUCAAACGAGAAGUAUUCUUGCUCGAAAUUGUCUAAAGUCAACAAAGUGACUGACAAGCUAUUAGAUAAUUUUGAUAGGCUGCAUGGUGGACAAGCGAAGCAAGAACAUACGAAGAAGAACAAACAAACUGGUGAAAUAGAUAUAAGAAAACAAUAUACUAAGUAUAGCAACCGAAAAAAUUGCCAGAAGAUGAUUAUACUUCGAUACUAUCUAUGAAAAAGUUAGAAGGUACGCAGAAAGGUCGUGAAUUGGAGAGGACACCUGCCAAGGAAAAUGUCAGAGAUUAUUUGGAGAAUACAGAAGUGUCAUCUAAUGACACGGAUCAAUUACUCUCUCUCGAAUCUCGUACAGACAACGCAAAUAUCGCGGGACCUUCGAUUAAGGGAGACCAUAAUAAGCAAACUUCGUUACUGGAAAGUGUGGAUUUCGGUGCACAAACUGGCAAUUUACUGACAACAAUAAAAUCUACUAUCUUUCAAAAAGUUACUUCAUCAUGGUCCUCUAACAGUAUUGAUCAGAAUACAAAAGAACCACAA